GUUAGGAACCGGAAGUGACGGCUGCAGUAUGGCGGAGGAGGAGGUGUAAACGUGUAGUGGGAUAUUUUUCACCUGAUGUUUUAAAAUGGCAACAAAACACCUUGCAAAGCAGCUUGGUUUAAUAAGGAGAAGCUCUACCUUGUGUACAAAGUCAAACAGUGUUUUUAGUCCAAAAUCCAAACAAUUUUUUGAGUACUUAAUAAUAAUUGACUUUGAAUCAACAUGCUGGAAAGAUGCAAAGCAUUAUGGGCAAGAAAUCAUUGAAUUCCCAGCGGUAUUAUUAAAUACUUCAAAUGGAGAGAUUGAGUCAGAAUUUCGCACUUACGUACAGCCUCAGGAGCACCCUAUUCUUUCAGACUUUUGCACAGAACUAACUGGAAUAAAACAGCAACAAGUGGAUGAAGGCAUUCCUUUAAGGAUCUGCUUGUCCCAAUUUUCCAAGUGGAUACAGAAAAUCCAGAAGGAUAAGCGGAUAGUUUUUGUUACUGCUUCACCAGCCCAUCCUACAUCAGGACAAAAGUUGUGUGCUUUUGUCACUUGGUCAGAUUGGGAUUUGGGAGUCUGUUUAUUGUAUGAAUGCAAAAGGAAACAGCUGAGAAAACCUGACAUUUUAAAUUCAUGGAUUGAUCUCAGGGCAACUUACAAGCUUUUCUACAAUCGGAAACCAAAGGGCUUAAAUGGCGCGUUACAGGAUUUAGGAAUUGAGUUCUCAGGAAGAGAGCAUUCAGGGUUGGACGAUUCCCGCAAUACUGCAAAGCUUGCAUGGAAAAUGAUCUGUGAUGGAUGUGUAAUGAAAAUUACCAAAUCAUUAGAUCAGGUGCGUCCCAAGAUUUCCCCAGUGCGACCUCUACCGUUACCUGCUCAAAGUGCUUCUUGCUCAAGUGAGGAUAAUCAACUUUCAACAAAGAUCACCGUUGAUAAGGAUUCUACAGAAAGAGAAUUGCCUUCAUCACAUGCACAUUACAGCAUUAUGAAGGCUCAAAAGCAUGAUUCCAAUACCACUAUUAAAAAAAAUGAUGGCACUAAGCAAGAUGAUGCAGCUAAACCUUCCAAUGGAAACCAAAACCAAGACAUACAACCACCACAAACAUUAAUUAAUGGAUUAACUACUACUCUUGGCAAUGGACAUAAAUAUUUUUUUUCAAGCCGAAACUCAAUCAACAACUUAGAAAAUACUAUACAAAUAGGGACCUUCACAUCAACGCCUGUAGGCAACACCUCUUUUGGUCCAGGGCAUUUGCUAAUCUCUACCACUGUCUCAACGGUAAAUGACAUUUCUGGGUUGGAUAUUAGUUCUUCUUCGGACUGUCUAGCCAUGGUGGCUGACUGGGAGGAUGCUGCACUAAUAGAAGACUCUCAAGAAAAUCAAAAUACCGAAUCUACUGAACUGGUAGAAACCACUUUGUGUUCAGUUAUGUUGCCAGACAUUGCAUCAUCUUCAAAACAUAAUUUAGAACAUUUUAAUGUAUUUAAAAAUGAAAGUGAUGCAGUACUGAAGCCUUGCGUGCCUCAGUCCAACUCUGUAGCUUAUAAAAGUCCUGAUACAACUAUUUAUAAUGUCAAGCAACAGGGGUCCAAUAGCUCAGCUUUUAAAUUGCCCACUUCCUUUGCAAGCACAUCUUCUAAUAACUUAUCAUAUGUUGGACAGAAAACAAAAACACCUACCUUAUUAAAUUAUUUCCCCAAAAGGAAGCUUUCAAGUGUAAGCUUUUAUUCUCCACCCAAGAAGCAGGCUUUUACUAUACACGAAGAUGAAGAUUCGGCCCAUAACAGUUUGUCUACAACCACCAGAGUUUCUCGGACUAUUCCGUCUACAGUUUUAAAUUCUACAGUGAAUAUGAGCAACUCUAGGUCAACAAAGGAUCAACGAAUUACAGCCCCCAUGUGUAAGUGUGGUAGGAGAGCUAAGAAACUUACAGUUUCUAAUAUGGGACCAAACCACGGCAGAGCCUUCUACAGCUGUACCGUACGUAAGAGAACCGAAGAAAAUAAAAAAGGCUGCGACUAUUUCAAGUGGGAAGAUACACUUCUGAAGGAGAAAUCAGCACAUACUUCAGCACUGUUGUCCACCAGUGGGAUUUCAGUUUCAUCUCGCACAAGCUUUCUUUCUUCGGGUUCCUCCUCUGCUUCUAACAGAUCAUUUACUGGUUUACGACCAUCCAUGAGAACAUGAAGAGAAACUUUCUUUAAAGUGAAAUUAUACAAAAUAAGUUUGGCAAUGUUUUAUUUCUUGUGCAUACUAUUUUCAAGUGUGUUGAUUUAAUUACAUCUUCUGAUCUGCGUGAAUAAUUGACUCAAGGAAAGUUUCCUAUUUGCAGGCUACACUUUAGAUGGCAUGAGAACUUAAAAUCUAAAGUUAAGUAAUUUUAAUAUUUGUUUUAUAUUUGCAUUCUUAUCUUUGCAACCAUGUCUAGACAUGAUUUGUCACUUUAACAUAGGUCUUUA